GGGUGGACUGGGAGAACAGAGAAAUAUGCAGCCGCCGCUGACAAACUGGGCCCACCAGACUGGAAGGCUCGCACGCCGGAAACGCGGCAGAUCGGAUCGCAGGUCACCCACCCACGGCGGGCUCGGCAGAUAGCUGCGCAGCGUCUGUCUGUGUGUCUCGUUUUAUCCGCCUCGAAUCCUCCUCCGACGAUGGAGGCGACUGGAGGCGGCGGGAGGUUGUGCGUUGUGACGGGCGGGCGCGGCUUCGCGGCGAGGCACCUGGUGACGAUGCUGCUCCGCUCCGGCGAGUGGCGGGUGCGCGUGGCCGACCUGCCCCCCGCCAUCACACUCGACCGCGAGGAGGAGGAGGGGAUCCUCGGCGCCGCGCUCCGCGAAGGACAGGCCGCCUACGCCUCCGCCGACCUCCGCGACAAGGCCCAGGUCGCCAGAGCUUUUGAGGGGGCAGAAGUAGUUUUCCAUAUGGCUGCUCCAGAUUCAUCCAUCAACAACUUCCAGCUUCAUUAUUCAGUCAAUGUUGAGGGAACGAAGAAUGUCAUUGAUGCUUGUAUCCGUUGCAAGGUGAAGAGACUCAUUUACACUAGUUCACCGAGUGUAGUGUUUGAUGGAGUUCAUGAAAUUUUUAAUGCUGAUGAAUCAAUGCCUUACCCAGAUAAGUUUAAUGAUUCAUAUUCAGAAACGAAGGCAGAUGCGGAAAAACUGGUUAUCAGGGCUAAUAAUAGGGAAGGGCUUCUUACUUGUUGUAUACGCCCAAGCAGCAUUUUUGGCCCUGGUGAUAAGCUACUGGUUCCUUCUUUGGUUGCUGCUGCAAGGGCAGGAAAGUCCAAAUACAUUAUUGGUGAUGGGAGCAACUACUAUGAUUUCACCUAUGUGGAAAAUGUGGCAUAUGGCCAUGUGUGUGCAGAGAAAACUCUAUCAUCUGAAGAUGGUGCAAAGAUUGCCGCUGGAAAAACCUAUUUCAUAACAAAUAUGGAGCCUAUAAAAUUCUGGGAGUUCAUGUCAUUGAUUCUAGAAGGUCUUGGAUAUGAAAGGCCUUCGAUAAAAAUACCUGUCUCUGUUAUGAUGCCGGUGGCUCAUGUCGUAGAAUGGACUUAUAAGAAAUUUGCUCAGUAUGGAAUGAAAGUUCCUCAGCUGACACCUUCAAGGAUCAGGCUGCUCUCAUGUAACAGGACAUUCAGGUGCUCAAGAGCAAAAGAUCAGCUUGGUUAUGAACCCAUUGUGUCACUUAAGGAUGGACUGAAGAGAACAAUAGAGUCAUAUCCCCAUCUACAAGCUCGGAACCAAAGGAGUAUAUCGAAGGCUUCAAUUUUCCUUGGGAACGGAAAUCUUGCAAAAACAGUACUUUGGGAAGAUAAGAAGCAAACGGUGACAGUGCUACUACUAUUGGCCAUCAUCUACUACCACUUAUUUACAUGUGGUUACACCUUCAUCACUGCAAUGGCCAAGCUUUUCUCAUUGACUGCACUGUUCUUAUUCAUUCAUGGCAUGAUACCGGCGAAUGUCUUCGGCCACAAGGUUGAGAAACUUGAGGCCUCAAAUUUUCACAUCACACAGGUGGAGGCCCAUAAUAUUGCUCAUUCCAUCAGCUCGUGGUGGAACUCUUUAGGUGGCAUGCUACGAUCUCUUUGCAGAGGAAAUGAUUGGCCACUGUUUUUCAAGGUGGUAUUCUUCCUACUGGUUGCCAGCAUCCUUAGUUCUAUGUCUUCACAGGCUGCAUUUAAAAUAGGUAUUGCUCUGAUUUUCAUAGGCUUUAAAGCAUAUGAGAAAUGGGAAGACACCAUCGACAGCCUGGUGGGUGACGCUUGCUCAAUUGUUCUGCACUUUGGUUCUACCACGAAAUCAUCUAGCCAGAAACAAAUGUAGAUUUAGAGCUUGCAGACAACCAAUUGCUUCAUUUAGUGAUAGUGUCUUCAGUUUCAGCUAUUUCUGGUUUUCCUUCACCUGAACGUUCUCUGUAUUAUUUUAUUGAUGUAGAAUUGGCUAAAUGCUCAUAUGGAAGUUUUUAGACUUUUUCCAGCGGGCAGUUGAUGUACUGUAUGAAAUUUGUACAAUUUCGCUGUUUUUUGAGAGGUUCUUUUCCCUUUA